AUGGAAUACUCAGUUAACCUCGAUCUGAUUUGUGGUGUACUCCACCGACUGGCCUUUCAACACCGAAAGCGUUUUGAACAAUCAGGAGAUUGGGAAGAACAUGACGCGUCUAUUUUUCAUGCUCGUAUUGCACUUGGUCUUGCUCCGGAAGAGCAUUCAGAUCGAUUCAAAGUAUUGAAUUUCCUUGGAAUUCUUCUUUACGAACGAUUCGAGCGAUGCAGGAGAAUAGAAGAUUUGGACGAAUCGAUUGAGUUGCACCGUGCUGCCCUGAAACUUUUCCCCGAUACCGAUCCCAACCUUUCCAGACCUCUGCACAACCUUUCAAAGUUUCUGCAACUUCGAUUCGAACAACAUGGACAAAUGUCAGAUCUUGAUAAGGCCAUUAAGUUUCAACGUUCUGCCCUGGAACUUCUCCCUGAGGGCCAUGCCAAUCGUUCCAUGUUGCUGAAUAGCCUUGCGAUUUCCCUUCGAACUCGAUUUCAACAGGACAGACAAACAAUGGACAUCGAUGAAGCUGUCGACCUCCAUCGUUUAGCCGUGGAACUUCGUCCUGAUGGCCAUCCCGGUCGUUCUUGGUCUCUGAAUAGCCUUGCACUUUCGCUUCAAGCUCGAUUUGAUCAAUUUGGACGGACUAAAGACGUCGAUGAUUCCAUCGAGCAUUUUCGUGCUGCAUUGAAAUGUUUCCCCGGCAGCCGUUUUCAACGUUCGGGGCUUCUGAGUGAACUCGCAGUUGCCCUUGAAACCCGAUUUCAACAGUAUGGACAAGUUACAGACCUCGAUGAGGUCAUUGAGCUUUACCGUUCCGUCCUAGAAGUUCAUCCCGACAGCCAUCCUAAUCGUUCCUGGUUCCUGUAUAAGCUUGCGGAUUCCCUUCGAAAUCGGUUUGAAAGGCAUAGACAGACAACAGACCUUGAGGAGGCCAUUAACCAUCAUCGAGCUGCGCUUCAGCUUCGCCCGGAUGGUCACAACGAGCGUCUCUCGUCGCUGGGAGAACUCGCAAAUUGCCUUCAACUUCGAUUCCAAAAGAAUGGACAGACCAUGGACCUCAACAAAGCUACUAAGUUUCAUCGUGCUGCCCUGGCACUUUGCUCCGACGGCCAUCCUCAUCGUUCCAUCAUCCUGAGUCGUCUUGCACUUACCCUUCGAACACGGUUUGAACAUUGUGGGCAGACCGCAGACUUCGAUGAGGCGAUUGAGCAUCAUCGUGCAGCAUUGGAACUAUCACCUAAGGACCAUCCGCAAUAUCGCCUAUUCAUGAAUAACCUUGCAAAUUCACUUCGUAUUCGCUUUCAACUGUUCGAACAGAUCACGGAUCUCGAUGAGGCUGUUGAACUUCUCCGUUCCAUCCUAGAAGCUUGCCUCUACGGCCAUUCCGAUCGCUCCAUAUAUCUAAAUAAUCUUGCUGCUGCGCUUGAAAUACGGUUUGAACAGAAUAGACAAUCUGCAGACCUCGACGAGGCCGUUAAACUUCAUCGUUCUGCCCUAGGCCUUUCCCCUAAAGACCAUCCCGGUCGUUCUGGGUGUCUGCAUAACCUUGCAAAUGCCCUUCAAGCUCAGUUUGAACAGCAUGGACAAUCCCUGGAUCUCGAUGAAGCCAUCGAGCAUCUUUAUGCUGCCCUAGAACUUCGCCCCCAGGGCCAUCCCGAUCGUUUCGGGUCUCUAAAUAACCUUGCAGAUUCCCUUCGAACCCGAUUUGAACGGCUUGGACAGAUGACAGACAUCGACGAGGCCAUUAACCUGCACCGUGUCACCUUGGAGCUCUGUCCAGAAGGUCAUCCUGAUCAUUCCAAACUGCUGGGAAACUUCGCUACUUCAUUGCUCUCUCGGUUUAAGAAGUUCGGGAAUGCCGAUAAUUUAGAGGAAUGUAUUGGAUUGCUCGAACGUGCUACCGUGCAUGAGUUUUCAGGCCCAGGUAUUCGUCUCCAAACUGCUAACCAAUGGUCUAAUUCUGCUCGAAGCCAUGCUCAUCACUCCACGUCUAGAGCUUACAAAGCAGCAAUAUUGCUCCUACAACGUGCUCUGAUUAUUAGUCCUACUCUUCAUACGCAGCACGACUUCCUCAGCCGGAAAAGUUACUACUAUAGGACGUUCACUCUAGAUUACGCUGUAGAGAGAAACAGGCUCGAAGAGGCUAUUGAGAUACUUGAGCAAGGAAGGGGCUUACUCUGGUCGCAGAUGCGUGGUUUUAGGAAAGCUCUAGAUCAGCUUGCGGAAAGAGACAGCGAUCUGGCUGACAGGCUUAGGGAUAUCAACAACCAGCUGGAGAAUCUCGCAACAUCAUCUUCUGUGCUGCAGUCUAAUUCGAGUACAACAGGAAGCGGGUCCUCCGUUUCGGACGUGCAUGAAGGACGGAAAUUAUUCGAGGAAAGGCUAAAAUUGAAGAAGCAACUCUCUUUCGAGCAGGAGGACGUUAUAUCUACGCCGUUUAAGUUACUCCAACAGGCGGCUUCUGUGGGGCCAGUCAUUGUGGUAAACCAUAGCAAGUAUCGAUGUGAUGCGCUCAUUGUUCUCUCCCGCGAAGAACUACCAGUUGUCUGCAUCCCAUUAGACGAAAAGUUCUACAAUGAUAGCAUCGAGUUAUACGACGAUCUCUUGUCAACGCGCAUAGACUCCGGGGCUUACUCACUGGAAUAUGACGAGGUGCUCCGCCGAGCGAUGAAGAUGUUGUGGGAUAGGGUCGUCUCCAAAGUCGUCGACAAAUUUAACGAGCUUGGAAUUACUGAAGGAUCGCGCAUUUGGUGGUGUCCUACGUCUGUGCUGACUGCGCUUCCCUUCCAUGCCGCAGGUCCGAUAGAGAAUACAGACAGCACUGACAUAUAUUUAUUGGACAAGUACAUCUCGUCGUAUACUCCAACGCUCGGGGCACUUAUUAAUGCGCAGUCAUGUGGAUACGUGGAAGAACCUACUGCUCUCAUUAUUGGAGAUACUUCACUUCCGUCAGCUAAGACAGAAAUUCGCAGGAUCAAGAAUUGUGGCAUUCAGUCUAAAUUACUCAGUAGCAAGACGUCCCACACUACAGUGAUUAAGGCACUCCGGAAAACGACAUGGGUACAUUUCGUUUGCCAUGGAGGCUUAAACUCAAAGCCUUUCGACUCGUCGUUCAAGGUAUCCGACCGCGGAUUAACUUUACUCGAUAUUGUCCAAGCAAAUCUUCCAAACGCGGAGUUCGCAUUCCUUUCUGCCUGCCUACCGCUGAACAAUCCCAUGAUGGUACACAUGAUGAAGUGCUUCACCUGGCUGCGGCGAUGCAGUUCUCCGGAUUUCGAAGCGUGA